AUUCAUUUCGUUCUGUUUGUCGCGGCACGGUAAUUUACUCUGUGGAGUACUAUUUUACUCUUUGCUCUGUGGUCUUGGGUGACAUAUUAUGAUGGAUGGUGGUAAUUUGUUGGAAAAGAUGGCCGAACCGCGUAGCAAAUCUAAUAAUAUAAGGCGGAAGUAUAGUGAUGUCGAGAAAAUGGUCUCUGAGUACAAAACACUAAAAUCACGCGAAACUCAAGUGGAGUUAAUGCGACUAUAUAAGGGUUACCCAAUCUUAUGUCAUAAUUCUCAUGAAGAUUUUACUAAUCCAACAAAACGCAAGCAGGCGUAUGAAAUGCUUCUUGACGAAUACAAGAAAUUUGAUAAAACUGCAACCGUAGCGGGAAUGCAGCACAAAUUAAAUUGUUUCAAGUCAGCAGCAAAACGAGAAAAGGCCAAGAUGCAGUCACUUCUCCUUAGUGUGGGUCGUUGUGAAUAUGAGCCUCCCCAGUGGUGGUAUCCGUAUUUAAGUUUUCUACACCCAUUUGAAGGCGAACCAAGAGCGCCGAGUCCAGAUUAUUUUUAUUAUAGAAAAGCCAGAGAAGAAAUGGAAAUAGAAAUGAAGAAACAUGGCUUAUUGCCGGAAGAUGAGGAUCAGUCAUCAUCAGAGCAGGAUCCUGCGAAAUUAGCAGCUUUAAAUAAGUAUUCCGCCGAAGCUUUGGGGAAGACGAUUAGACACCAAAUCCAAGAGUUGGAUUACUCACAACGAGGCAUUGCGGAGAAGUUAAUAGAAGAUAUAUUGUUUUAUGCCAAAAUGGAACGAUUGACUCAGGAAACUGUAUUGCAAUUAGAAUUAUAGUCUUUAGUUUUUUUUGUUUUAAACUAGUUUUAAAUAAGGUUCUAGUUUUAUAUGGAAUUUUGGUGUAGGUACUCCAAAAUGGGUUUACGACAGUUUUGUAAUGGAUGAGAAUUGAUAUAAUUAUCUCUCGACAAGAGUUAUUGCCACAACGAGGUACGGGAAUUGAAGUAUGUAAUGUUUCUUGUUUACCUGAAGAUUAUUUUUUUAAUAAAUAAGCAUAGGUACCUCAA